AUGACUCCAAGUAUUUCAUCUUCUAAAGAACCCACUUCGACUAUUUUGCAAGAAGAGUAUGAUUCUGGUGCGGAAGCAGAUGGAUUGGCAAAUCAAAGAGAUCUAGAAAUAUUUCAUCCAUUAUUAAAUCAUAAUAUAUUCCGAAUUGUUGAAUCUAAUCAAACUGCCUUACUCAUAGGUCUCAAAGAAAAGGAAAAUGUGUACCUAUCAGGAAUUUUUCAAUUACAGAUUGUAAAAGGUGGAAUAAAAUAUAACAAUGUUCAUUAUAAUGCGUCCAAACAAAUCAUUACCUUCUGGCACCCUUUAUCUAAUUCCAUAUCAGGGAUUCAAAGUUCACAUUAUGCUGGAUGGGAAGAAGAGAUAUUCAUCGAUAAUAGCUAUAAGACUCUAAUAACAGAAGAGUUAAACGAUUACCCUUGUAUACUACGAAUAAGGAACGCCCCGGUGGAAGGCCUCCUGGAUUGUUUUAAACUCUACAAAGAUGUCCGUUUUUUAUGGAAGAUUCGUGACUGCCAAGCAAAAAAUAUUACCUCCAGGGAUCAAACUUUUGAUAUUUUAACUGAAUAUGUUGACGAUUUCUCUCCGUUAGAAAUAUCAACUCAAUGGUCAGCAGCAAUUGAAAAUUUGAAUAUGAUUCAUAGGAACGAAUCAUUGGAUGUUAGAAUUAUGGUCAUUGGUGGCAAAAAUUCUGGGAAGUCCACUUUUUUGAAGCUAUUGUUGGAAAAUUUCUUGCAUGGUGGUUCUUCUAUGGAAAUGACACAACAAGAAUUAUUAUAUUUGGAUUUAGAUCCGGGACAGCCAGAGUAUUCUCAUCCCGAAUGUAUCUCACUGACAGAAAUUAAUUCAUCGGAGAAAGUUUUGGGUCAAGAUUUGAACCAGGCAUUCAAAAAGAUCAUAAAACAAUUAUAUGUGGGAAUGCCCUCUCCACAAGAUGAACCAACUCUAUAUCUAGAAAAAGUGGACAAAAUAAUAGAAGCAUUUGAAAAUGAGUCAUUUGUCGGUACUUCUCUGUUAAACUUACCGGGGUGGAUAAAAGGUUUUGGAUUGAAUAUUUUAAAUCACAUUAUAAAGCAAUACAAACCUACAAAUAUAAUUAUAUUGGAAUCUAAUAACACAAAGCAAUAUACUGACAGCUUGCAGAUACCAGACUAUUUUGAAACAGCCCUUCACAAUAAAUAUAAACCUUCAAUCUCUACUCUAAAAGCAAACUCUAAUUCCAAUAAAGACAGCACAUUACAAAAACAAUCAAAGUUUCAACCAUCUCAGAUAAGAAUCUUCAAAAUGCUCGCACUUUUUCAUAAAACGCAGCAAGAUAUUUACAACCUAAAGUACGACUUCCAUCCUCUUGUUACAAAAGCACCCGUCCAAAUUUCAUAUGGCAAUUCACCAGGUAUCUGUGGAAUACAGAUGUUGAAUGAGUUCAAGAAUAUUCACCCAGAUGAUUUACAAAGUGCAUUGGAAGGUACUAUUUUCGGGCUUCAUCGCGUAACCAAUGAUAUAACCAGACAUUCUUCCCUUAAAGGAACUUUUCCAUUGCUACAGGAGAAAAUUCCAAAUAUGGAAUAUGUAACCCUGAUGUUACUUCAUUCUAUAGACGCCCAGAAUUGCAUCAUGAAUGUUUAUAUUCCAGAAUAUAUGAUCACUGAAUUAAAGGCUGCAGAACACGUAGAAUGGGUCAUAACUAGGGGUAAAAGCGAGACUCCACUUUGUGAAUUUUAUCCACCUAAUAAACUAUUCUGGGAAAUUGAACCUCCAUUUAUUUCAACUCAAAGAAGGAAAAAGUACGAGCAUAUCUGGAAAGUAAGAAGAAAUGUAAAAAGAAGAGGUCACCAUCUAAAAUGA